UGCAAUAAAAAGCCGGUUGGGUCCAGAGUGUAAAGUAGUUACUACGAAAUACUAAAAUCGAAAGUGGAUUUUCAAAAUCGAAAGAAGGCGUUUGAAAGCAGUUAGUUCACGAUGACGACUGAAAGACCAAAUGAUUCAAACAAGGGAAAUUCAGGCGACUCUAUUUCCGUGGGUACCCAUUCCACAAGCUUAUCAUUUCAACCAAAGCAACUCACCCUUGAGUUGCUCGUGUCCGUUGAUCUAGCUAAGACUGGGGAUGUUGAAAUGGAACCUCGUAUAUCCGGACUGGACUUCAUGCCGGACGGUAGACUGGUAGUCGUGGAUAACGCGAAUAAGAAAUGUUUCCUCCUCAAUGAGCGGCUGCAGAAACUAGGAUCGCCGCACAAGUUUAUUAAUAAACCAAUGGGUGUUGUGUGCUUGUCUCAGAAUGAACUGGCCAUAACGUGUGGUAAGGAUGUAUGUUUCCUGUCUGUGAGUACAGACAAUAUCAUCAGAAUGAGAAGGACAAUCCAUACAUCAUCCAAGUUCUCUUCUAUCUGCUUCGAGUCUCCAUCCAAAAUGAUUGUGAGUACGUACGAUGAUUCCCGCCCUGCCCGAAUGUUAUCAGUGGACGGCGUGGAGUCUGAUUUUGACUACGUGGAGUUACCUUACGAGACUUACAAAGUAGGUGAGAGUGCGUGCACGUAUAUCCAGUCUAAGAACACUUUGGUACUGACUGACAUGAAAGCUCAUGCUGUUUACAUGUUCGACACCGUGAAGGGCACGUAUAAAGCUGUCACUGAUGAAAAAAUACAGGAACCAUGUGGAACAUGCGUCGGGCCUGCUGACACGGUGCUGGUGAUCAGUAUGGCGAAGAAAUUCAUCGUUCACCUUACGCUGAAAGGUGACAUACUAGGUACCUAUCCAGUGGAUAUGGAGAGUCCGUGGGUCCUGUGUAUGAACAAGGAAGGCACGAGGCUGGCUGUGUCCAACAUAUUGAACAGCGGAAUAGGCAAUAGGAAAAUCCAGUUGUUUAAGAUAUCAACAGCAAUUAAUUAGGUGACUAGUUAGAUUGUAAUCAUGUGAUAAUGUCUGUUCACACAUUAAUUAUUAAUCACUGUAUGUGAUAAUGUUUAAUAAGUACGAUAUCGGAUUAAUUUAAAAUAAAAAGUUUUGUUUUGACGUUUUAAAGCUUAAUAAUGUCAAACUGCAUAUGUAGUAUGAAUUUAUUUUCAUUAACAACUUGUUUGAAUACAAUUAAUUUGUAUACAUUUAAACAUUUCUUCAAUAUAUAUAUUAUAUGUAUACAUUUGUAUUUAAAUAUGCUGUGCAUGUAAGAUGUUUAAUGCCCAUAGCACUCAACUUAACUUGUGUGUAUUUUUUAAAUAUUAUAUUUUUAAACAUUCAAGAUAAAUAUUGUUAUGUAUAUUAAAUAUUAAUCAAGUUAAAAUGUUACAUAUUUCUGUUGUGUGGCUAUGCUCUGUAGCGCGUUAAAUUUCGGGCAAUGUGUAUUAGUUUUUGAUAAGGUUACUAAAAUCAUUUUUUCAAAGAUAAGGUUCGUUAACUAUGCAGCUGUCAAAAUAUAUAUUAUUGUUCGAAGGCAAUAACAUAAAUGUUGCAUUUUAGGGAUAAACUUAACAUUGUUGCUUGCAUAAGCGGAUGAAAUACAUUACAACAAACAAAUGAUUGAAAAACAAAUGAUUGAAGAACUGAACAUAACAAGGAAUAUGUUACCUUACAGUCACGAUCGGAAUGUUACGUUCAUUCAAAAUACUGGGAAUGAUGGAAGGAAUUUCUCCUCAGUGGACUAGACUUCCUGCCAGACGGAUAGAAUGGUAGCCGUGGAUAACUAGAACAAUACAUGAAUCAUACGGAAUAAGCAAUAACAUAGACUUGAUUCAACGCAUACGUUCAAGCAGUACCCGUGCUGCGUAAUUUGUGUAUCAACUGUUAAGCUUGCUGUGACAGUGUAUAUCAAGACAGUGUAUCUGAUAUACGUGAGUUCUGACAAUGUCAUAAGUCCAGCCAGGGAAAUCAAAACAUCCCACAUAUCCCAUCUUCAUGCUGCAUGUCUCCUUUUUAACACGCACAUUACUACGUUUGAUGAUCUCCGCCCUAUUAUAAUCAUAUAAAUGAAAUGUGUAGAGUCUUAAUUUGAUCACGUUAAGUUCCUGAAAAAGAUGAACGAAGGUAAUGAGAGAUAUUGGACGUAUGCCUAGUCUAAGAACCAGUUGGUACUUUUUUACAGGUACGCCCACGCCAGGGCGAGUACGACACCGAGAAGAGCGCGUCUAGAGCAGUCACUGAUGAGAACAUAACAGGAAAAAUAUUAAUUUAAGAACGUUAUGUUGUUUAAAGUAUCACCAAUUGUCAGUUGUGUAUUUUAGUUUGCAGUAAGAUAUUAUCCAGUUGAUAAUAAAUUAUUUUCGUGAUAUAUUUGAUUUCCCUCGACUAUAAUUAUUUGAGCGUUAUUUAAAAUUUAGCACAGAAUAAAGUAUAAAUGAAACAAGAAUGAAGCAACAGUUCUUUGAAAAUACCUUUUAUUGCUUGUGUUUCAUUAUUAUUGUUAUUAUUAUUAUUAUUAUUAUUAUUAUUAUUAAACAGUGUUAUCGUU